GAAACCUACUGGCUUAGUAGGUGAGUCAGUACAGUUGGUCAACUAUGCCAAAAAGACUAUUGAUCUUACAUCGAGCAACUGAUUUUAUAAGGUAAUGUAAUUUUCUUUCUCUCUUUUUAAUUUUUUCCGGGUAAACUCAUCUCAUUGUUUCUCGGGUGAAGGUUGGCUUAACUGGUGAAUUAGCCAAACGUCUCUACGAUCCAAAAUUACCACAUGGGAAAGUUGUUGUUGCUGAUAAAGUUCCCAUUGGCAGACCUAUGACUUGGAAUAAGAUACUACUUUCAAAAUUUUCUUUUAAUUUUUUCUGUUUUCCCUUCUUUUUUCUUUAAGUUCUAAUAAAUCUAAGUUCUGUGUCCAGACCAAUUUCCAGGCUCCUUUCGGUGCAGAACCAGUGGGGGUGGACUUGCAAGGCACGGGCAAGAGGCUCGCCUGGGUAAAUGGAAACAGCAUUGAGCGCUACUGGCAAACACAAAUAGCCGAUGCUAAUGGAUGCAGUGACACAUGCGAUUACGGGGCGGAUAUAAUAUAAGGACGAGAGAUGCAGGACAAACCGUGGCAUUCCUUCCCAAAGACGGUAAAAAUACUUUAUCGUUUGCUUUAUCGAGUACCACAUUCCGAGAUCAUUCCUCGACAACAAUGGCACAAACACAUUGAUUCCAUUAAAGGAAGACAGUGGAAACAGUACAGACAUUUCUUUCCAGAUUGUGACGAUAGGAACAAAUUGUGUGGUUAUGCAUAUGAGGGCAGCACAUUAAAAUUGUCAUGCCAAGCAGGGCGAACUAUUGCGGAUAUCCAGUUUGCAAGCUUUGGAGGCCCCCGGGAAUCAAGUAGCUCAUACAAGGCAAGUUCCUUCGAAGCCACAAACAGCUUGGCUGCAGUGGAGAAGGCAUGUGCUGGGAGGCCAAGCUGUAGCAUUGAUGUAUCAUAGGCAACAUUCGGAUUGAGUGAUGCAGGAUUGUGGGUAUUACUUUGCAUCUAAAACCUUGGAAAAACCAGUUUCUAACUAAUAUUUUAGGGAGUAGAAAAAAACAAAGAAAAAAAAAA